CCGCGGGCAUUUUCUAAGCCAAAAUCCGUCUCUGCCUCUCUCACGUCAAGCAGAUCAGAGAUACAAUGCAAGCUCUAGCCUCUCAGGGACGCGCAGCCGUCUCUGCCUCGGCACGUGCCAACACUUCGUCCCCUGCCGCCCAUCACACCGUUGCAAUCUGUCCUCCCAUCUCCGGGCCAUCCAAUCGAUGGAAGUCGAUCUCUUUGCCACGUGUCCGGUGGCUUCCUCCAGUAAGAAGCAUGCACGGAGCAUUUGAUUUCCAAGCAGGCAAAGGGAUGAGCGGUUUCUUUGAUGUUGAGCUUAAAGUCCGCGACUAUGAACUCGAUCAGUAUGGUGUUGUCAACAAUGCCGUCUAUGCAAGUUACUGCCAGCAUGGUCGUCAUGAACUCCUUGAAAGGAUUGGCUUGAGCGCAGAUGCAGUUGCUCGCACCGGUGAUGCACUCGCACUGUCGGAACUGUCUCUCAAAUUUCUCGCUCCUUUAAGGAGUGGUGAUAGGUUUGUUGUGAAGGUGAGGGUCUCCGGGUCCUCUGCGGCCCGCUUGUUCUUUGAGCAUCUCAUCUUCAAGCUACCGAAUCAAGAGCCCAUUUUAGAAGCAAAGGCAACAGCUGUUUUUCUUGACAGGGAUUACCGGCCCAUCCGCAUUCCGUCUGAAAUCAGAUCGAAGUUGGUUCAGUUUCUUCGAUGUGAGGAGUCCAACUGAUUUCAUUACAUGGGCUUUAGGUUUCAUUUAAAAACGCUGCCAGGGAUGCUGUCAUCCGGGAAAUAAAAGUGCUGGGUUUGGACUGAUCGCAUCCAGCCCAUUGCCACCUUGAUGGCUGCGCACCAUUGAUCGGCAAUCAAGCUGUAGAUGCACAGAAUUCUAAUAUUAUCAAGGUUAAUAUAAAAUGGCUUUGAAGCAUAAUUCCUUUUCCUUUGAUGAUGAUGCACAUGGCAAUUUUUUCAUAUCAAUUUCUGUUGUGUUGUAAUUUCGAUACUGAAUCAAAAUCAUAAUACUACUUGGUAAAGGUGGAAAACCAUGUACAAGAACAGGAUUUUCCUUGAUAUGAUAGUUUUCUCUGUUUGAGAAACCAAAAGAGAGGGAAAUCGUUUUCCUUUUCCUCAAAUUAUGAGUAAAACCAUUUCCAAGGAUUUUUA